AGCAGGGAUGGCGCCGGGCAUGCGUGUGAUGGGAACCUGUUUUCUUUGGAAAGUGUUUCUGAGUCCCCGUGGAGUUGGUGGCAGGAGGGUUAGGGGAGAGGGGCCAUAGACCAAGCUGAGGUAACUGUCUGUGUUAGAAUCCUUCCCAUCAUCCCUGCUUUGGGAGCCCUGUAGCACUGAACAGACCCGUCCCCCUGAAGUUUGAUGUGGCCGUGUGAUUUGCUUGGGACAGUGAGAAGUGAAGAGUGGCUUCUGACUGGACGUUCUAAGGCAUGUGCUUCGUCAUGGCCCCUUUUUCCAUCUCUUAUGGUUGAAACACACAGAUAGGUGCUGCGAACAAGAAGAAAACCUUUGGGUGGAGCCAAGUCGAGUGGUUGCUUUGAGGCUUGUUCCGGGCUUGUUCCCGGCCAUGACCUAGUCCAGUGGUUCUCGAGUUCUGGUCUCCAGACCGGCAGCAUCAGUCGCCUGGGAUCCUUAGAAAUGCAGAUGCUCAUUCCCAGCUCUGGAGUGGGGCCCUCCAUGCCGAGAGCUGGUGCCUGGUGAGGUGGUUAGGAGAUUGUGGUGUUGGUCCUGGUGCAAGGUGGUGGCGGGCCAGCACGGAGCUCGGGUGUGGGGAGAAGUAGACAGUCUCAGUGGGGAAGUGUUCUGGAGUAAAACGGGAGGUUCUGGAGUAAAACUGGGGAGGUUGGGCAGGGGCAGAGUCACAAUGGCCCCAGGUGUCUGUCUGACAGAGCCCAGGAGGGUGGGAGUGCCGUUCAUCUCUAGACAAGCAUUUACACUCACUUCAUUUUCAGGGUUCAGAAACAAGGAAAAGCCUAUUAAGGAACUUCAAAAAAUUCUGUCGAGUUUUUGGCUGAGAGAUCAGUUUCUCAGUGAAGCCCACACUGUCCCUCCAGUUGAAGUGGGGCCCUCUCUGCCUUCCUGGUCCCUCUGGCUGCUUGCUGUUCUCCACAGCACUCAUCACCCAGUUUACCUGCCUGUCCUGUCCUGCACGCCUGAGCAGAGCUGGUGGAGGUAGGCCUGCUCUCUGGCUCUCGUCUAUACGCCGAGGGCCGGGCUGUGCCACAGGCUCUCAGUGUGCACGAUGUCGCUGUGGCCAGAGCAGGGGGCAGGCAGUGUGCCUCGGACUCAAGGUGACAGAGAGGGAAUGCGGCCAGCUUACUGCCCUCAGGGUUCCGUCUGUGUGUGACCUGGGUGUUGCUGAGCACUGGUGGGUGGGUGACGAGACCCUAGCUUCUCACAUAUCCGGUUCUUCUCCCAUUGGUGGAGAGGAAGGCGUGAGCUGGUCUAGGGGGGACCUGUAGGCAACCUGCUCUUCCUCAGAAGCAGGUCUGCCUGUACAGAAGCCGCCCAGUGAGCCUACUGAGGACCUUGCAUGCUGGGCUCUUUCCCCUUGGUUCUGUAUCUGUGCUCUGUAUUGGCACAAGAUGAGCUGGGAUCAUGCAUUGCGUGAACAGUUUAUUGGACUCAUUUCUGCUGAGUUCUAAAGUCUGUAUAAAACAGUAUUUCUUUAAAAUUCAGCUGCUUAAAACUCUCUGAAAAAAUAAUGGUUCUUGUUUGUCCAAUAUCUGCCUUUGGAAGCUGAGCGUGUGUGCGUUUCUCAGACACUGGUCCGCUCCUGGGUGUGGGGGGCUGUCUGAAUUAGCAGAUCAUAGCAGUGAAGGGCAGAGAUGGGUGGCCCCGGUGCCCUCCCUGCUCUCAGGUCCCUGCCAUGGUUGGGGAGUGUUACCGAGGACCGUCUACUGGCUCAGAAGAAAUAGUAACAGAACAAAUCACAGGCCAUUGCCCUCUCUUCCUGUAGAGAGGGGCCCUGGUUAUUUUUGUAGGCUGGUCAACUUCUGAGAUAGAGAACAUCUGUGUCUUGAUGGCCCAUUACAGUACUGUAGUGUUCUAAGAACAGAAGCAUCCGGGCUGAAUGGAAUUUAGCUUCAAAAAAAGUCCUGUUUCUGUUCAGAAAGUUGUAAAGUGCAUAAGGAUGAAGCAGGCACCAGAAAUCCUUGGCAAUACAAAUGGAAAGACUCCGAACUGUGAAGUGAAUCGCGAAUGUUCUGUGUUCCUCAGUAAGGCCCAGCUUUCUACCAGUCUGCAGGAGGGGGUCAUGCAGAAAUUUAAUGGCCAUGACGCGCUUCCCUUUAUCCCUGCUGAGAAGCUAAAAGAUCUAACCUCUCGUGUAUUUAAUGGAGAACCUGGUGCUCAUGAUGCCAAAUUGCGUUUUGAGUCCCAGGAAAUGAAAGGAAUUGGGACGCCACCUAACACCACCCCUAUCAAAAAUGGCUCUCCAGAAAUUAAGCUGAAGAUCACCAAAACGUACAUGAAUGGAAAACCUCUCUUUGAGUCUUCCAUCUGUGGUGACGGUGCUGCUGCCAUGUCCCAGCAUGGAGAAAAUGGGCAAACACCAGCAAACAAGGCGAGGAGGAGCAGGAAGAGAAGCAUAAAGUACGACUCCCUUUUGGAGCAGGGCCUUGUUGAAGCGGCUCUGGUGUCCCAGAUCUCCAGUCCCGAAGACAGGAAGAUUCCAGCUAAGAAAGAGUCCUGUCCAAAUUCCAGCAGAGACAAAGACCACCUGCUGAAGUACAGUGUUGGCGAUCUGGUGUGGUCCAAAGUGUCUGGCUACCCUUGGUGGCCAUGCAUGGUCUCUGCUGACCCUCUCCUCCACAGCCACACCAAACUUAAAGGUCAGAAAAAGAGUGCGCGCCAGUAUCACGUGCAGUUCUUUGGUGAUGCCCCGGAAAGAGCAUGGAUAUUCGAGAAGAGCCUUGUAGCUUUUGAGGGAGAAGGACAGUUUGAAAAGCUAUGCCAAGAAAGUGCCAAGCAGGCACCCACGAAAGCUGAGAAAAUUAAGCUGUUGAAACCUAUUUCAGGGAGACUGAGGGCCCAGUGGAAGAUGGGCCUCGCUCAAGCGGAAGAAGCCGCAAGCCUGCCGGUGGAGGAGCGGAAAGCCAAGUUCACCUUCCUCUAUGUGGGCGACCAGCUUCAUCUCAACCCUCGUGCAGCUCAGGAGGCAGGCAUUGCUGUGGAGUCUCUGGGAGAAGUGGGGUCCUCAGGAGCCACUGAAGAAGCUGCCGGUGACCCCAAGUCCAUGAGGGAAGAGGUCGUUCCUGUCAAGAGGAGGAGGAGAGCCAAGCUGUGUAGCGUUGCUGAAAACCGAGAAGGUGACCCUGGGACUUGUCCUCAAAAGAUGGCAGAGGCUGAACCCAAGAGAGGGCUAGCGUCUCAUCCUGGGAGGAAGAAGGCCACAGCCUCCACCCCUCGAAGCAGGAAAGGGGAUGCGGCAUCUCGGUUUCUGGUCUUCUGUCAAAAGCAUAGGGACGAGGUAGUUGCCGAGCACCCAGAUGCCUCAGGUGAGGAGAUCGAGGAACUGCUUGGAUCCCAGUGGAGCAUGCUCAGCGAGAAGCAGAGAGCGCGCUACCACACGAAGUUUGCCCUCCUGGCCUCUUCACAGGCUGAAGAAGACACUGGUGACUUAAAUGGGAAGAGAAGAAGCCACAGCAAGAGGACACAGGGCCCAACAGAGGACGCUGAGGCUGAGGACACACCCCGGAAAAGGCUCAGGACCGGCAAGCGUGGUCGGCAGAGAGAGUUGAUCCCAGACAGAAUGGCCCGAAUGAGCUCCUGCAAGGCAGCAGAGCCGGCCUCCUUGCCCAAGGGCCAGGCAGCAACGAAACAUCUGUCCGAUGCGUGCAAGCCACUGAAGAAGCGGAAUCGGGCAUCCACAGCAGCGUCGUCCACUCUUGGGUUUAGCAAAAGCUCAUCUCCUUCUGCAUCUUUAACUGAGAAUGAGGUCUCGGACGGCCCAGGAGACGAGCCCUUGGAGUCCCCAUAUGAAAGUGCAGAUGAAACCCAGACAGAGGUGUCCGUGUCGUCUAAGAGGUCGGAGCGUGGCGCAGCCGCCAAGAAGGAGCAUGUGUGUCAGGUGUGCGAGCAGACUGGCAGCCUGGUGUUCUGCGAAGGGCCCUGCUGUGGCGCCUUCCACCUCUCCUGCCUCGGCCUCUCCCGGAGACCAGAAGGGAGGUUCUCCUGCAGUGAAUGUGCUUCAGGGGUUCACUCAUGCUUCGUGUGUAAGGAGAGCAAGGCAGACGUUAAGCGCUGUGUCGUAUCGCAGUGUGGGAAGUUUUACCACGACACGUGUGUGAGGAGGUACCCCCUGACCGUGUUUGAGAGCCGCGGCUUCCGCUGCCCCCUCCACAGCUGCGUGAGCUGCCAUGCUUCCAACCCUUCCCACCCAAGACCCUCAAAAGGGAAAAUGAUGCGCUGCAUCCGCUGCCCCGUUGCCUAUCACGGAGGGGACACUUGCCUGGCGGCGGGCUGCUCAGUGAUCGCCUCCAACAGCAUCAUCUGUACAGCCCACUUCACUGCUAGGAAGGGGAAGCGGCAUCAUGCCCAUGUCAACGUGAGCUGGUGCUUUGUGUGCUCCAAAGGGGGAAGCCUUCUGUGCUGUGAGUCCUGCCCGGCGGCCUUCCACCCCGACUGCCUCAACAUCGAGAUGCCCGAUGGGAGCUGGUUCUGCAACGAUUGCCGGGCGGGCAAGAAACUUCACUUCCAAGACAUCAUUUGGGUUAAACUUGGAAACUACAGAUGGUGGCCGGCAGAAGUUUGCCAUCCCAAAAAUGUUCCCCCAAAUAUUCAGAAAAUGAAGCACGAGAUUGGAGAAUUCCCUGUGUUUUUCUUUGGGUCUAAAGAUUAUUACUGGACGCAUCAGGCGCGAGUGUUCCCGUACAUGGAGGGGGACCGGGGCAGCCGCUACCAGGGGGUCAGAGGGAUCGGAAGAGUCUUCAAAAACGCACUGCAGGAAGCUGAAGCUCGUUUUCGUGAAGUCAAACUUCAAAGGGAAGCCCGAGAGACGCAGGAGAGCGAGCGCAAGCCCCCGCCUUACAAGCACAUCAAGGUGAAUAAGCCUUAUGGGAAAGUCCAGAUCUAUACAGCUGAUAUUUCAGAAAUCCCCAAGUGCAACUGUAAGCCCACAGACGAGAACCCCUGUGGCUUUGAUUCGGAGUGUCUGAACAGGAUGCUGAUGUUCGAGUGCCACCCACAAGUGUGCCCUGCAGGAGAGUUCUGCCAGAACCAGUGCUUCACCAAGCGCCAGUACCCCGAGACCAAGAUCAUCAGGACCGAUGGCAAAGGAUGGGGCCUGGUCGCCAAGCGGGACAUCAGGAAGGGUGAGUUUGUGAACGAGUACGUCGGGGAGCUGAUUGAUGAGGAGGAGUGCAUGGCGAGGAUCAAACACGCCCAUGAGAAUGACAUCACGCACUUCUACAUGCUCACCAUAGACAAGGACCGUAUAAUUGAUGCUGGCCCCAAAGGAAACUACUCCCGAUUCAUGAAUCACAGCUGCCAGCCCAACUGUGAGACGCUCAAGUGGACGGUGAACGGCGACACGCGGGUGGGCCUGUUUGCAGUGUGUGACAUUCCUGCAGGGACGGAGCUGACCUUUAACUACAAUCUCGACUGUCUGGGUAAUGAGAAAACGGUCUGUCGGUGCGGGGCCUCCAACUGCAGCGGGUUCCUUGGGGACAGGCCAAAGACCUCGACAGUGCUUUCCUCCGAGGAGAAGGCCAGGAAGACCAGGAAGAAGCCCAGGAGGCGCAGGGCCAGGGGCGACGGGAGGAGGUCAGAGGAUGAGUGCUUCCGGUGCGGCGAUGGCGGCCAGCUGGUGCUGUGCGACCGCAGGCUGUGCACCAAGGCCUACCACCUGGCAUGCCUGGGCCUGGGCAAGCGGCCCUUCGGGAAGUGGGAGUGUCCAUGGCAUCACUGCGAUGUGUGUGGCAGGCCAUCCACUUCAUUUUGCCACUUUUGCCCCAAUUCGUUUUGCAAGGAGCACCAAGACGGGACGGCCUUCAGCUCCACCCAGGAUGGGCGUUGGUACUGCUGCGAGCAUGACCCAGGGGCAGAGCCCGUCUGCAGCGCCAGCACUGAGAAGCGCCUGGAGCCCCUGGAGCUGAAGGGGAGGCGGCGUCGGCGUCGGCGGCAUCGGCGGGUCAUGGAAGGCAAAUAGCGCCAGGCACCGGCCUGGCCACAAGCCAGCCUGCUGCAUGGGCCGCCUGGAGGACCCAGCUGGAAGCCGCACGACAGAGGAGGCCUCCCUGGGUGAGCGCCUCCCCCCACUGAGCCACCUCAGCAGCCCCGCUGCGUCUGCACUGACAGCCAUCUGAGCCACGUGGCUCGGAAGGUUCCAGGACAAACAAGCCUUACUACACAGCAUUACCGCUACACUUGAAUUUCUACAAAUGUCAAGGCUCCCUCCUGCUCUAUUUUUUUAGGUUAAUUAUGCUUGAAAAUUGGCAUAUGAAAUGUUUUUAUGUCACCUGAAAUGUAGGAAGUAGUAGUUUUGCUGAAGGAUCACUAUUCUCUCUUUACCCUUAACUAUGUUACUCGGCCUGCUUACCUGUUGUCACUCAGGAGAGACCAGGGUAGGGUCUGGGCAAGACUCAGACCUGGAUUCCUUGGAGACCAUGAUUUUGACCAUUAUUUCACUCUUGGAAACAGUUGUCUACUUUCUGUGCUAAUGUGAAAUCCUUUCUCACGAUGCUCCUUCCUGUCUGGUGAGAGGCCGGCCCCAGGAACCAUGACGGUGAGAGUGGUGUGAACUUCCCCCAUAGUCUCUCUCGGGAUGGAUCUGAACCAAGUGCUGGCAGGCCGGCCUUGCACAUGGACGGUCGCGCUGAGCCACCUUUCCCUCUGAAGCUGGCCACUUCUCACCUGGGCCUAUCUCCUGAGCACUAGGUUCUUAUACCAGCAUUUGGGGGAAGACUUUGUAUAUUUUUUUCACUUGGUUUUUCUUUACCAGUUUCUCACUUUUAUCCUCAAUAUAUUUUUUGCUUAACUGGUUUUACAAAUUACCACUGGCUGCAGUGUACUCACUGAUGAGACUCUGAGUUCCCACAGAAGAGGAGCCUGGGAGGGGGCGUGGCCCCGUGGGGGUGCCCCUGGAGGUGGUCACUUGGGAACAAUGGUUUUAAGUCGUGUGCUGCCCUGCACACCUGAGCGAUAGGCCAGCAGGGCACUGCCAGGUUCCCCUUGGGGCCUAGACCCAGAGCACGUGGGAAAUGUGCUUUCCCAGAAAAUGUCCUUUUCAAGGGUUGGAGAGAGGCUCCAAGUUAGAACUUUUGCCACUUCAUCCUGCUUUGUGGGUCUGUCCAAGGAAACCUGGCCAAAGAUGUCUAUAGGCUCUGGUCUCGUGCCACACUUCUGGGAAGGACUGAGCUCUAUGGAACUAGAUCUUCUCUUUGGGAAUUCUCUUCAGCCUGGGGAGUUGGGAGCACCUGAGAAAAAUGGGGCGCACCAGCCAGGCACCCAGGCACCCAGGGAGGGAGUGCAGAGGACUAGGUGCACCUUCUCCGCUGCUCCCUAGCAGAAUUUGAGUAGUGCCCCUGCUGCGCAAAGCAUGCUCACGGCCAUUCACAGACACGGUCCUCAGCCUGUCCUCGGUGUUGUUGCCAUUGCCUGGUAGAAUUGCUGGGUGUGCACGGACCUGAGGCCCUCCUCCCACCCUGCUCCUCCUUGGCUUUGUGGCCAAGCACUCUUGGAGCGCUCCCUGCCUGUGGCCGUCCCAUCAGCACCCUGGAAACAGUGACCACACCUAGCACCAGAAGGAAGGACAAGAGGCUCGUCACCUGCUGACAGCUCCUGCGUUAAGGGGCUUAGUUAUCUGUGGAGACACACCUGCUGGAUAAGACACGGGAACUAUGGAGUAUUUGGAACUCUGAUUUCUCUCAAGUUAAGAAAAUGCUCGACUGAUUUGCAGAUUUAUGCUCCUGGGCCCUAAACUUGCAAAGCUGUUCUGGUAGUGGGCCUGCAGAGGCUGGGCAGCACCCUACAACUACCCGGUUUGGGGCUGGGCUAAGGGGCAGCCAAGGCCUGGCAGAGGUGUGCUGCCAUGGCUGUGGCCCUGCUCUUCGGGGCCAAGGGCCCCGGCACAGGCUGGUGCUGCCGCUUGUCCUCUCCUACCAGCUGAGGGGUGUCUCCAUCAGUCAGACAUCAGACUGGCUUUGCAGUGCACUUUGGGGAGCAGAUUAACUUACUUUUGUAUUUGACAAUAGGAAAAAUCUUGUGAUUUUUGAGUUACUUUGAUAUUUCCAAAUUCCUUUAGUAUCUUUCUGAAGCAAAUACUGGAAAAAUUACUUUAAAUGAGGUUGCCCUCUUUCCAAAACCUGUUGGACUAAUGAGCAAACAACACUAACUUGAGAACCUCUGAAAAGCCCAUUUAUGAAUCUGCACAGGACAAGCCUUUGGAACAGCAGCUGAGCUUGAAGGGCCUUCUGCAACCCUGGGGCACAGCCCUGCCUGUGGCCUUGGUGGGGAGGCUGCAGUGUCAGCUGCCUCAGGGCCUGGCCUCUGUGGCCAUCAGCUCAGCCCUUUGUCUCCAGGAAGCAGACACAAAACAAGAACUGCCGAAAGACCCCAGGACUUCUCGGCAUUGGGACAGACCAGGGCCUGCACCGAAAACUGCACCGCGCCAGCACUGACCUCUGGGGAUGUGGGCGCCGCUCACACCGUGCAGGUCAUAGGAUGUGUCCAGCUUGGCGGUCCUCAAGCGCGACCGCUGCAGGGGGAGGCCUGGUACCCACGCGCACAGAAAGCACGUUUGUCCUGUCCUCCAAGGAGCUGUGUGGGCACCCAGCCGCGCCUGGUUCCCGGGCCCCACACACUCAGGGCUGCGCUUCUGGCACCUUCGAAGUAUUUAUCUUGACAUAGAAACCGUAAUGUGUGCAGCGCCCAUCUUCCAGAGCUACCUGACUGUCAGGAAUUAAAGACAAGCCUGUUUUAAUGAAAGUUAAUGGAAACACCUGUCAGUUGCCAGCUUCUUAACCCUGAGAGAAGCACAGUCUCUCACAAAUGUUAGGAGAGUGAUGCCCAUGGGUGUCCCAGUGUCCACUAUACCCUGAGCAGGUGUGAGAUGCCUGUCAGCAAUGAGCCAUGACCAUGCCUAUUGGUGCCUGAACUUCGCACAGCGUGCAGCCAGGCUCCUGCCUGGAAUACUGGGCACUCAGCAGCUCUGACAGACCUACAGAGACUUGGCACCCACUUUGGGGCAGAGAUGCUGAAAUGUAGAUUGGAGAAUUGCCAGCUGGGGCAAAGUAGCAUUUAAAGCAGGAAGUUGUGUUUGGAAAAUUGUGUAUGAGUAUUUUUGUAUUAAAAACAUCUUAAAGGCU